CCCUUAUUUAGAACACUUCUAGGUUUUCUCUUAAGAAGCUCUGUAAUUCCAUCUUCCAUGGCUGAGUUUGCAGGAGAUUCACAGAGCUACAAGCCUUUUACUUUCUUAGACAUUGAAACCAACAUAGAACUGACAAACCAGUUUCCAGAAUUGAACCCAAAUGGAUUCUCCAAUCCCAAUAUGAACUUACAGAGUUUUAUUUUCUCCAAUGACAAUUUCUUACUCCAACAGCAACCUGAAUUCAUGAUGCAAUUCGCAGAUAAUCUUCCGAAUUUGUACCAUUCGAAUGUUUCCAUUGCGGCGCCAAUUGUUCAAUCCAUGGCUUCAGCUGAAGAUGUUGUCCAUGAAAGAAAGAAACAGAAAACAAUGGAAGUAUCAGAAAGCAGCUCUAAGAAUUCUUCUACCCCUGUUUCUGGAAAUGGGUCCAAAGAAGAUAACAAGAGAAAGAAUAGCUUAGGGAGAGGGAAGAGAGUGAGAAGUGAUGAGAAAAAAGUAGAGAAACCUAAGGAGGUGAUUCAUGUGAGAGCAAGAAGAGGCCAAGCCACUGAUAGCCACAGUUUAGCAGAGAGGGUGAGGAGAGAGAAAAUAAAUGAGAGACUUAGAUGCUUGCAAGACUUGGUUCCAGGAUGCUACAAGACAAUGGGAAUGGCUGUAAUGUUGGAUGAGAUUAUCAAUUAUGUUCAAUCAUUGCAAAAUCAGGUUGAGUUUCUUUCUAUGAAGCUUUCUGCUGCAAGUUCUGCCUAUGAACACAACCCUGAGAUAGAAGUCAUGGCAACAAUGCAGGGGACAAAUGCAUAUGAGGCACAAGAGGUGGAGAGAUCGAUGAGAGAAGGAUAUGGAGGUUUCAGUUACUUCCACUCAACAUGGCCUCUUUGACUAGACUUUUGGCUCUUACUUAUUCCCAUUGUUAUCAUGGACCACAUGAACAUGCUUUUCCUCUUAUAUUUUCUCUUAAUCAAAUCCAUCUCCUAUUGUAGCAUAUGCAAAAAGUAACUUGUAAUACCUCUAGAGGAGCCCUAGAGGGGAAAUGAACUAACCUAUGAUUUCAAAUAAUGAAAGAUUUACUGGAUUAGCCACAUUUGAAUUCAUCUUCUUGUGUAAACUUAAUUUGAUCCAAAGCAUAUGUUUUGGAUUAAAUUGUGAGUCUUAUAAGUAAUGUAAACAAUCUAUGGUUGGCAACUUGUAGCCUUUUUCAACUUGGACAGUGAUUAGAUAUAAAUGACUUCUAUUGGAUUAAA